CUGUGUUGUGUUGUUGUCUUUAGUUAGCUAGCACACAAAAUAAUACUAUUUCUACUCACCUAAUGUCCCACAUAUGACUGCCAGGAUGAUGGAAUCAUGCCUGAACAACCAGGCUGACAGGCGGGAACAGGUAGAGGUCGACGAUUUGAAGAGAGAUCUCUCAUCAGAAUUCAGCACCUUACCAGACCCUCAGCAUUCCAGCAUUGAGGAGAGAGGACACCUUCAGGUCUACCUCCGGAUCCGACCCUUCAGCUCAGCAGAGACCAUUAAUGGAGAGUCACAGCACUGUGUUACCAUCGAGCCCCCUGACACCGUUCUGCUGAAGCCUCCCAGGUUGUCCCUCUCAGCGAGGCUCAGCGUUGAAAAAUCACUUCCACAGACUGGACAGCGCUUUCAAUUCUCUCAGGUGUAUGGUCCUGAGACGAUGCAGAAAGAGCUCUUUCAAGGCACAGUAAAGGAUUUGGUGAAAGAUGUUCUCGAAGGGGAGAACUCUCUGGUUUUCACCUAUGGAGUCACCAACGCUGGGAAGACCUUCACAUUCUUAGGUCCAGAUGCUGAUGCUGGUAUCCUGCCCAGGUCUCUCGAUGUCAUUUUCAGCAGUAUUGAGGAACAGGUGUUCACUGGGAUGAGCGUCAAACCUCAACGUUGCCGAGAGUUCACGAAGCUCACCAGGGAGCAGCAGGCUGAGGAAGUGACGUUCAAGAGAAAGUUCUUCAGUCAAUUUAAAGAGAGUGAGAAGAGCAAUACCAGCCAGAGGACUCUCCUUGAAGACUCCUCCAUGCUGGGCACGACCGUAGCAGCAGAGGACAAAAUCAGCCUGGCAGUGGAAGCCCACACUAAGUUCUCUGUUUGGGUUUCUUUCUGUGAAAUCUACAAUGAGAACAUUCACGACCUCCUUGAGGUGGUACCCAGCGGGGUGCCGAGGAGGACCGCACUGCGCCUGUCCCAGGACGUCAAGGGCAACGCCUUUGUCAGAGAUCUGCGAUGGAUGCAGGUGAAUAGUGCAGAAGAGGCUUACAAGGUGAUGAAGCUGGGCAAGAAGAACCAGAGCUUCUCCUCCACCCGACUCAACCUGCUCUCCAGUAGGAGUCACAGUAUUUUCUCCAUUCGUAUAUUGAGAAUUGAAGAUAUUGGGACUCCCAGGGUCCACGCAGUCAGCGAGUUGUGUUUGUGUGACCUGGCUGGUUCGGAGCGAUGCGCUAAGACCCAGAAUAAAGGAGAGCGCCUCAAAGAAGCCGGAAACAUUAACACCUCAUUGCUCAUCCUUGGAAAAUGCAUCAAUGCACUACGACACAAUCAGCAGGCCAAGCUGCGUCAGCAUGUUCCCUUCAGGGAAAGUAAGCUGACCCACUACCUGCAGAGCUUCUUCCUUGGUCGAGGUAAAGCCUGUAUGAUCGUCAAUAUCAACCAGUGUGCCUCCAUGUACGACGAGACGCUCAACGUCCUCAAAUUCUCUGCUGUGGCACAGAAGGUUGUUGUUCUGUCCACCAGGACCGCUCCCAUCAUCAUGCCCCAGAGGUCCGCCAGUGAUAUAUCCUUCAUCAUCAACAACGCUGAGAGAAAGGCUCUGCGGAGCAGCAGGAGGAGCUCCUUGAUUGGCUGGGAUACUAGCCUGGAAGAUGUGCAGGAGGACGAGAAUGAUGAGUAUGAGGAAGAAGAGAGCCUGAUGGAGAGCACAAUGGAUCAGACAGGCAAUGAAGAAGACGCAGAUGAAAGUGAUGAUAAAAUUCUCAUCAGUGAACGGACGCACCAGAGGCAGUUGGCGUUGGUUAACCAGCUGCAGGUAGAGCUGAAGAAGGAGCGAGCCGAGAGUCUGCUCAUGGAGGCGCGACUCAGAGAGGAGAUCUGCAGAGAGUUCUCCGAGAUCUUCUCCGAGAUGCAGAUUGACUAUAAUGACCGCCUGGCGAGGGAGAGCGAACUCUUAGAGGAGCGAGCAGAAAGGAGGAUGGAGAUCUUAAAGAGCCUCAUGGCCAAAAUGGCCAGCGCUGGACCCAGUCAAGAUGCACAAUCUAAUAUGGACACAUCUCUGGACUCCCACUCCUCUGAAUUGGCAGGCAUAAAGAAUGCUGCUCAUGCAUGUCUGGGUUCAGUCCGAGCAGGUGCUCAGGAAGAAAGUGGAGAGGCUGGAGAGGAGCUGGAGAGGAAGAUGUUGGAACAGAGUGAGCACCAGCCGAAAGUCCAAGGUGAAUCCAGUGGAUUAGAGGAUGAAGAGAAAAGGAGGCUUCUCUCUCAGCUUCAGGAGAAGUCGUCAGAGAUUGACCGGCUGGAGAAACAAGUGAGACACCUGCAGAAUGUGGCAGAGCUAAGCUCUCAGAGCUGCGCCUUGCUGCUCGAGGAGGGGAGUUCACGUGAGAGACAGCGGCUGCAGGAGGCGUUUACUGCCCUCGAGAAGGAGAAGAGAGGCAGAGAAGACACCCUCGCUGCUUUGGAGUGCCAGACUAAUGGAAGAGAGGAGGCCCUUGCCACACUCAGUGAGCUGAAGCAGAGCAAAGAGGAGGUGCUAGCAUCCCUUAAAGAAGAGAGAGAAGGAAACAAGACAGCCAUGGCAGCCCUCGAAGCUGAACGGAGAGCCAAGGAGGAUGCCAUGGCAGCCCAUUCAGAAGAGAAGCAAGGCAGAAUGGACAUAAUUGCUGCUCUUGUUCAAGAGAGGAGUAGCAAAGAGGAGGCUCGGUCUGUUCUGGAGGUGGAGAGGAAGGAGAACAGCAGGCUGGUGGAGGAGAGAGAAAAGAGGCAACAGGAGAGUGAUGCACUUCGAGUGAGAGAGCUGACUGUCAGACUGGAAGCCUCAGAGCACCAGGUGACCGGCAAGACAGAGAGCGUUGAACAAGUGUUAACUCAACUACAAACUGCUCAGGCACAACUGGACAAACACUCCAAGGAGAUCCUGGAGAAAACGUCCCACGUCCACACCCUGAUGCAAGAAGUUCAAAGCCUGAAACAGGAAUUGCAGACUUCAGCAUCGUCAUCUGAUGUUGUUCAUGAUCAGCUGAGAGAGGAAGUGUCUGAGAUUAGGAAGAAUCUGACUGAGGAAAAGGAGACAAAUGAGAGCAAGGCCAGACAAAUGCUGGAACUGGAGCGCCAGCUAGGACAGACGAAAGAACAGUUGGCACACAAACAGCAGAUCUCCGACCAGCAGCUGCAGCAGUUUACAGACGAGCAGAAUCAACUGGAAGCAGCUUCAAAACAGCAAGUUGAAGAACUAAGAAAGAAGCUUCAGGAGCAAGAAGAGAUGUCGCAGCGAACACUGGAUGAACUCCGGUCCAAGCUCGAAUGCCAAGAACGUGCUUCCAAAGAAGAAGUAAAACAGCUGAGAGACAAACUUGAGGAACCAACUCAGGCCUCACAGGAGCUCAAUGAGAAGCAACAGGAACAGGAAGUGAUAUCACAACAGCAGUUGGAGGAGUUAAAUUGCAAACUUGGUGAACAAAAAGCAACCUUCGGCAAACUUGUAGAUGAUCUCCGGCUAAAGCUCAGUGAGCAGGAGCAAACUGCAGAGCUGCUCAAGGUCGAAUUAGAAGAAACUAAGUUUAAAGGUUCAAACAAUUCUUCUAGCUCUGCUGCUGAAGAGGAUCUCAAGAAGUUCAACUGUGAUCUCCAGACUGAGAUUGCAUCCCUGAGGUCAAAGGUUUUCAACCAAACUGAAGCUCAGCAAGCCUCGUCAGAAUUCGAAAGCAUGCUAAAAGAAAACGACAAACGGAUGGAGGAGAAGCUAGCAGAGGCGGCGGAAGUGUCUGCAGAGCUGCAGAAAAAGCUGCUGGAAAAAGAGGCAAUGGUAAAACUCCUGCAGAAGAGCCUGCAGGAGGCACAGGAGCAGCGGGAGGAGCAGGAGAGCCAGGCAGUCCAGGAGGCUCGGCGCCGGGAGGUGGAAAGGCGCCGGGAGCUGCUGGCUGUGGCGCAUGAGGCCAUCGCUCAGAAGGAUGCAGAGCUGGAGAAGAAGGCCGAGGAGAUCAACAGACUAAAGGAAAACGCCAAGCAGGACUCUGAGAAAGUGAAGAGCCUCAGCCUUGACCUCCAGAGGAAGGAGGACGGCACUUCAGACCUCCGAGAGAAGCUAGCCGACUACAAGAAGCAGAUCCAGCAGGUCCAGAAGGAGAUCUCUGCCAUGAGAGAAGAGGAGAAGCUUUUGAGGCAGAAGCUGUCUGACACAGAGAAAGCCAAGAAGCAGCUUCAGUCUGACGUUGCCAACAGAGACAGAACCAUUCAGCAACUCAAAGUGGAACAAUCAUCUGACACCAAGUCUGACCAGACGCUCUACCAGAAGGCCUGUAAAGACCUUGAAGUCAAGGAGCGUGUGAUGGAGGACAUGCGUUUAGCUCUGACGGAGCAGGAGGAGACGCAGGACCAGAUGGAGCAGGUCUUGGAGGAGAAACUUAACUUCAUCCAGGAACUCUCUAGCGAGGUGGAGAAGUUGAAGGGGAUGCUGUUGCAGCAGGACCGACGUGGAAACGGCACUCGCCUUCACGUGGACAGCCAAUCAGAUGACCUCAAACUGGCCAAACAAGAAACUGCCCAGGCUCAGGAAAGCUUGAAGCUGCGUGCAGAGAAACACCAGGCCGAGCGGAAAAAGUGGAUGGAGGAGAAGCUGUCCCUGAUUGGCCAAGCUAAAGAGGCGGAGGACAACAGGAACCGGGAAAUGAGGAAGUUUGCCGAAGACAGAGAGCGCUACACCCGACAGCAGAGCCAGUUGGAGUCCUUAUCGUCCCAGCUGGCUGAGAAGGAGCAGAUCAUGGAGAAGUGGAGGAAGGAGAGAGACACUCUGGUAGCAGCUUUGGAGGUCCAGCUACAGAAGCUUCUAUCCAGCCAAGCAGAGAAGGACAGACUCAUCCAACAGCUCCAACAAAAUGCCACACAGCCACCACAAGAGGGCGGUGGUGGUGAUGCCGUCUGUGUGGCAGAGCUGCAGGCUGCACUGUCUGAAAGGGAGGCAGACAUCUCACGACUGAAGGAACAGCUCAAGGCCUUAAAUGCCGAACAGGAGGAUGCAGCCACACAGAUUAAAAGCAAUGUGAGCCCUGCGAUGUUGGUUGGGAAACCCCAGUGUGAAACCAUUAACAGGAAAUCAGGAGGAAGGAGGGAUACCAGAGCGUCAGUCAGCAGUCAGAGCUCAGCUGGCUGUCCGUCAGUGCUAGACUCCUCUGAGAUUUCCACAGAGAACGGCAGGAUGAGCCGCUUCCCCCGGCCGGAGCUGGAGAUCUCCUUCAGCCCUCUGCAGCCAAACCGCAUGGCUUUACGACGCCAGGGAGAGGAGAAUGCCGUCACCGUCAAAAUUACGCGCUCGGCACACAAGAGGAAGAGCGGCGAGAUGGAGAAGCUUCACAUUUUCAGGAGGAGUAAACGACGAACGAAAACUGAGGUACUUUACAAAACAGCAUCAUGUUCUCAUUCCUCCGUACUCAUAAUCAGUCAAUCAUUCCUCAUCAGUCAUCACAUUCUUCAUCAUCUUUUUAUGUUAGUUUUCACUUCCGGGUCAGAAAAUUUGCUGCCUAAUUGCAAACUCGUCAUGGAUAUCUUACAUCAUUUGGUAAAUAAAUGUAUAUAGCAACUUCCUUUAUAGCGGCAGCAAUGAGAAGGCUGAGGGAACCUUUGCUCCAGAGGCACAGAGUAGCUGUCCUUUAACACUGUUUUUCACCUCCAGCUUGUACGUUGGAUUCUUGCCGACAGUAGAUGCAGGCGUGAAUAACAGUGAGGAUAUGAUUCAGAAAACGGCAUGUGUUCAUCCAACAUCCCCUGCAUCUGAAAUGAUUUGAAAACGGAUGUUCUCUCUCACUCUCACUCUCACUCUCACUCACACUCACACUCAGGAGAGAGAGAGAGACUACAUUUACUUGUACAUAAUCUUAUUACAGUCAAUAUCCAGAGUAAGGCAUCGCACCAAUGAGGAUGUUUACAUGGCUGGCUUGUUGGAGCGUUCUGUUAAUUUACCCAUUUCCAUGCUACCGAGCAAAGUGACUAAUGCCUCAAGACGCCGCUGUCAAAAUUAUUCUGCAAUGUCACAGAUUCCCUCCGGUAUUCUCCUUCAAAAACACAUUUCUCCCAUGAUGCUAAUGUGCUGUAACCUUGUGCUGCACUAUAGGCCCGCUGUCCAAUCUUAUUUUUCUACUAUAAGAUAUGGGGGGGCGGGGGGUCAUUUUCGGUAGAAGGUGGCAGAACUUUCUCAGCAUUUGUUCAGCAGCUAAAUUGAUGUGUUGAAAAAUGUGUUAAAAACUAAUAGUUCAUAGUUGUUUACAGGUUCAAAUUCCAUUCAUGCAACUCUGUUAGAAGUAUUCUACACAUCUUACUGUGAUCAUGCUCAUUGUAACUAUGAAGUUAAUCACAUUCACUUUUAAUCAUAUUAUAGGGUUUACAUGUGCUGCACCGUGCUUGUAUUUCUGCCUUGAUCACAUGGUCAUUUCAUUGUUGGUCUGCAUGAUAAUGUAGCCACAAAGAGCAGCACUCUGUGGGAAAAUGAGCAGAACUCAGGUCUGCUUUGUACCGUUGUAGCCACUGACUCUUGGUGUUUUGGGCGGAGUGCAAAUCUAGCUGUAGCCUGUUCGUCCCUCCUACUGGGAGGUCAGAGUUGAGGUUGAGCCACAGGGCAGCGCUCCUGGAAAUCUUUGGGAUUCAGUUCCUUGUUCAAGGACCCUUGAGCAGAUAACUCAGGGUCAAAUCAUACAAUUAUUAUUACAGGGUGGCUUGUACGACCACAGGCCCCCGCUGCUCCCAGCUGAGUGUGGAGCUGCUAAUGGAAUCUUUUAGUCCGGUACGAGUGCGUUUCCCCGGGGGAGCCAUGUAAAUGUGCCAGAUUUAGCCAUGCUAAUUUUCAUCUAUAUUCUUUGGUUAGUGUUUAGUGCGUACGUUUUCCAAAGUUAAGACCCUGUAUAACUGUCAUGUUUUUUUCUUCAAUCAAGAUUCAUGUAAUCUUUCUUCUAUUCAAUAUUAAUUAUAAUUUCAUAAUUAGGAUUACUUUUUAAAUGCAUGUCACAUGAGCAGUGUUCCUCUUUCUGCUUCCUGCUUUUAUACAUUUUUUAAAAUGCAAAGUACAUGCUUCCAAUCUUGUCUUUUUUUCCUGAAGUAAUUACACUGUCAAAAUCAAUGGAACAAUGUUGAUUUAAUGAAUUGGUCCCUCUUAAAUGGAGUUCUCUGAUUUCAUCCGUGUAACAGCCGGCUGUCGAGUUUCAUGGUAAAGUAGGUUCCCAUCUGAUGGGUUUGACAUCUGUAGACAGCGACCCAGCAGCCAUUUAGACUCCUGCACCAUUCAACCUCUCUCUGAGAUAAUGGACUGUUGGCAGGCUGGAACAUGUAAACUGGCACAAUGUGAACACACACAAGCGGCUUUUACUCUUUGCACACAAUCCUUUUCUCUCCCCCUCUCUUUUCUCUCUCUCUGUCCUUUAACCUCUGUCAGUCAUCUCUCCAGCCUCCAUCUCUCCCAGCCGGCUACGUCCGUCUGUUCAGCAGAUCAUUUCGUAAUGAUUUAUUGACGAUGUAGCGUCUCUUCUUUAGAGGAGACAUCGCUGCCGUCCCAGAAAAUCUUUAUCUGAAUUUUUAUCCGUGGCGUCGACCUACCAGACACACUGAUAUACUCUUGCUAUAUAACUCUAUCUGUUCUCUUCCUACAGUCUUUUUUACCUUUUUUAUUCUCACCGCCUGUAGUCUAGUCCUCCAAAAUCCCAGUGUAUUUAGAUGACUCAGCCAUCAGUUAUUCAAUUAUGAUGAUUGUGACUGUCUUCUGCUCUUAGUCAUUGGAGGACUAACUUUUGCCUUGUCAGCACGUUGGGCAACAAGUAUAUUUGGCUGGGUGUUAUUUGACAUCUUUGCAACUCCUUUUAACCUAAUAUAUUGGCACAUAUUAAGCUUAUUGCAUAUGCAUUGUGUAUGUGUCUGCCAACAAGUAACAACAAAUUGCAGUGCAGACAUCUCAAUGAUGUAAUGGAUAUCAUGAUGCUUUAGUGGCUGGAUCAUUUUUAAAACUAGUGACUCUGGCUAGAAAGAUUAAUACCAGUGAGACUAAAAUGUUAUUGCUAUGACUAUACAAAGUGUGUGUGUGUGUGUGUGUGUGUGUGUGUGUGUGUGUGUGUGUGUAUUCUAACAAACUAUUAUAUUUGUUCAACACUACAUAAUUGGAGUCAAAAUCUUAUCAAGAAACCAUAUGCUUGCAGCACAGCUCGGCCUCUCACUAUCUUGUCUGCAUCUUACUGCAUCUUACAUCUUAUUGAUUCAUAUUAUCUCACGUCUCAUUUACUUUCUCCACACGCUCCCUCUAUCAUCUCGUCUCUCUCUCUCUCUCAUGCACGCAGACACACAUUUCAUCUUGUUUACUUUCUCCACACUCCAAUUACGGUUUAUCGCUAUCACUUAUCACUCCACUACUCAUCUUUAUCUUUCCACUUCUUUCUUCCACACACACACACACACACACUCCAGCUCCAUUAUGUACUUUCUUCAGAUUUUUUUAAUUUUUUUAUCUCUACCGAUCUCUACUUCCGUCUCUCGCUCUCGCUCUCUCUCUGUGUUCCGGUCUUCCUUCCCUCGGAUUAUUUAUAAAACCGUCCACUGAAUCACUGAUGACUUCACAUGUUUUGACCCUGUUUCUGCUCCUCAAAGUGGAGCAUGUUUACGCCGUUCACCGCGCCCACUCCACCGCCCGGCCGGUUAGCCACCCUCUCAGGUCGGCCUCGUCCCCAGCGGCUAGGUGUGAGUCAGCAGUCUGUCCAGGGAUGUAUUGAACUGACUGCUGAGGAAAAUACCAAGAAAUCACUGUUGGUUUUUUAUUAUUAAGUGAAUGUUUUAUUAUUAUUGGAUAUGGUUUUUGAACACUUAUUUCCCUCAUAGUUCCCCUGUGGUCAUGGGCCACUGCUGACUCUGCGUAAGAUGUAGAGAGGAGGUCCCAUUCCAAACCUUGUAACAAAAGUAGAGAUUUAAAAAAAAAAAAGUGUAGAAAGUACAUAAUGGAGCUGCAGUGUGUGUGUGAGAGGUCCCUCUGUUGGGAGACCAUCUCGUUCAAACAGUUCUGUCAUUGUGAAACAUUUUAUGCUUGUUGUUUUUUAGCUCUUUGCCUCAUUCUAACCUCUCUGAGUCAUCGGUACCAGAAGAUUUAGUAAGAGGAUGACAAGCAGUUUGUUUGUCUCUUCAUUUUGUGUCCUUGUGAAUUUCCUGUGUGUGUG